UGGUUGACAAUUUUGACAGAUUGACUGAACACCGAAAUCCGAGGUCAAUUUCAUUCCGUAAAAUUUGGUCCAAACCCCAAGAAUCAUGGGUUUCGGUGAUUAUCCCAAGGAAUAUAACCCUUCAGUCCACGGGCCUUAUGACCCAGCCCGUUAUUAUGGCAAACCUGAUACUCCGUUCGGUCAGGUGAAAAUCAGUGAACUUGGAUCCUGGUUCGCACGCAGGAAUAAGUCGCCCCAGGCUCUCGCUGGCGUAUUCAGCCGAGCUUGGUGGAGGUGGCAGCACAAGUAUGUGCAGCCUAAGAAGGUGGGCAUUGCUCCCUUCUUGCAGCUGCUGGUGGGCAGCAUGACUUUCUUCUAUGUUAUCAACUACGGAAAGAUGAAGCACCACAGGAACUACAAGUACCACUAAUCUGGAACCCUCUCAAUGCCAUCAAAUGCAUGUAAUUUAUGUAUUCGAAAAUGUUAUGUUAAAUGUAUGUGCUAGAUCUUACAUACUUGCAAUAAAGCUAUUAGUGUGAACCAUU